AUGGCAGCCUGCCGCCGCGACGCAUUUCUCGCUGUCAUCAUUGCGAUCAAUGCAGUCAUUUUGGCUUCCGCGGCGAAGUACAAGCCACCGGAGUCCAUAUUGGUGGAUUGCGGUUCAGCAAAGGAGGGCCAGGACGCUGAUGGGAGGAAAUGGGUGACUGACCAAGGCAGCAACUGGCUCAUUGAUGGCGGGAAGUCAUCCAUCAUGGCCGAUGCGGAUGUCCAGGAUCCAUCGCUUCCCUCACCUGUCCCGUACAUGUCAGCACGGGUGUUCACCAAGGAAGCCGUGUAUAACUUUUCCAUUGGCGACAAGGAUAGGCACUGGCUGCGCCUCCACUUCUACCCAGCGGCCUACCAUGGCGUCCCGGCAGAACAAUUCUUCUUCUCAGUCUCUACGUCCACCGGAAUCACGCUGCUCCGCAACUUCAGCGUGUACAUCACUGCCAAGGCACUUAGCCAGGCAUACAUCAUCAGGGAGUUCACACUGCCACCGAUGACCGAUGGCACGCUGUCGCUCACAUUCACAGCAACCGCGAUGAACAACGCAUCAUAUGCCUUCGUCAAUGGCAUCGAGAUCAUCUCCAUGCCCGACAUCUUUGCUGACCCGGCCACGAUGGUUGGCUUGAGUGACCAGACCGUGGACACCGCCGCUAGCAGCUUACAGACGAUGUACAGGUUGAAUGUCGGUGGUUCUUACAUUGCACCGACAAACGACUCUGGGCUAUCACGAGAUUGGUAUGAUGACACGCCAUACCUCUAUGGAGCUGCUGUUGGUGUGACAUAUAAAGCUGAUGACAAGGUCCAGAUAAAGUUCUCGAGCCCUGAGGCAGAGUAUGCAGCACCGACGAGCCUCUACCUCAGCAGCAGGUCAAUGGGCCCUAAUCCAAAGGUGAAUCAGAACUACAAUCUGACAUGGGUGUUUGAGGUGGACAGUAACUUCACAUACAUCGUUCGGCUCCACUUUUGUGAGUUGUUGCUUACCAAGGUGAAUCAACGGGCGUUUGACAUCUACAUCAACAACAAGACAGCACAGGCAGAUGCCGAUGUCAUCGGGUGGACAUCAGAGAAGGAUGUGCCCGUGUACAAGGACUACGCGACGUUCAUGCCUGACAGUCCAGGUGAUAAGAUCCUAUGGAUCGCGCUACACCCUUCCGUGUCAAUGAAGCCAGAGUUCUACGAUGCUGUCCUGAAUGGUCUCGAGAUAUUCAAGAUGAGUGAUAGCUCUGGCAACCUUGCUGGUCCAAAUCCUGACCCAUCCAGAAUGCUGGAGGAAGCAGAGAUGGAUGUGACAACGGGGAAAUUCAAAGCCAAGCCAAGCAACCUCAGGGCCAUAGUGAUUGGCGGUGCAGCUGGCGGUGCAGCGGCCUUUGGGAUAGUAGCAGCCAUAUGUGUUGUGGCUUAUCAUUCAAAGAAGAGGCGGGUGCUAGGUAACAGCGUGUCACAUUCCUCAGGAUGGCUGCCAGUGUAUGGUGGCAACUCACAUACAAACGCCAGCAAGUCGUCUGGCGGCAAGAGCGCGGCACUCAACCCAAACAUCACCGCCAUGUGUCGGCACUUCUCGUUCCAGGAGAUUAAGGCAGCAACGAAGAACUUUGAUGAGUCACUAGUGAUUGGUGUGGGCGGGUUUGGCAAGGUGUACAGGGGCAUCGUUGAUGGUGACACGAAGGUGGCGAUCAAGCGGAGCAAUCCAUCAUCUGAGCAGGGUGUUUUGGAAUUCCAAACUGAGAUUGAGAUGCUCUCCAAGCUUCGACACAAGCACCUUGUGUCGCUUAUCGGCUGCUGCGAGGAUGACGGCGAGAUGAUCCUUGUGUACGACUACAUGGCACAUGGCACGCUACGGGAGCACCUGUACAAGAGUGGAAAGCCAGCACUAUCGUGGCGGCAACGCCUUGAGAUCACCAUCGGAGCCGCACGAGGCCUGCACUACCUCCACACUGGCGCGAAGUACACCAUCAUCCACCGUGACGUCAAGACGACCAACAUUCUGGUCGAUGAGAACUGGGUGGCCAAGGUUUCCGACUUUGGUUUAUCCAAGACUGGCCCGACGGCCAUGAACCAAACGCACGUUAGCACCAUGGUGAAGGGCAGCUUUGGAUAUCUCGACCCAGAGUACUUCAGGCGGCAACAACUCACAGAGAAGUCUGACGUCUACUCGUACGGUGUGGUGCUCUUUGAGGUGCUCUGCGCACGGCCUGCACUGAACCCGAGCCUACCAAGGGAGCAGGUUAGCCUUGCUGACCAUGCCUUGAGCUGCCAAAGGAAGGGAACACUACAAGAUAUAAUCGAUCCGCUACUGAAGGGCAAGAUAGCACCAGACUGCCUGAAGAAGUAUGCCGAGACGGCAGAGAAGUGCCUGGCUGACCAUGGAGUAGACCGACCUUCGAUGGGCGACGUGCUAUGGAAUCUUGAAUUUGCAUUGCAGAUGCAGGACACCUUUGAGAAUGGUGGGAAGCCAGAUCAGGGCGGAGGAAGCAUGAGCAACGGUAGUACUGUGUCUAUGGCGGACAGCAUGGCUGCCUCAGCUGCAGCGCUCGAGCUAAUCAGCGAGGACAUGGACGAGGAGGACAUUGCCAACAGUGUGGUGUUCUCGCAGCUCGUUCACCCAACUGGCCGGUAA